CCCCUUAGCCAAAAUCCUCUCUCUUUAUAAACUCCCACAACAAGCCACCAACACCAAAACCCCUCACUCUCUCACUCACACCCUCUCACUGCAUUCCACCGCCGCACCCCGCGGCACCCUCCGCCGUACACCGCUUCAAUCACUUUCAAAUUUCCUUCCCGGAGGCGCUAGGUUGCUAAUGGCGGCCACCGCAGCAAACGACGGCCCCGUCCUGAACCUUAUCAACAAGCGCCUCCGCGCCCUCCGCAAGAAGCAGAACCGCAUCACCGCCAUGGAAGAGUCACUCGCUCAGGGAAAGCCCUUGAACAAGGAGCAAGAGGAAGUCCUCCGUUCCAAACCCUCCGUCCUCGCCCUCAUCGACGAGCUCGAGAAGCUUCGCCAGCCUCUCUCCUCUGCCCUAGCCGAAGAACUCGACCUGGCUCUCCAAAAUCGCGGUGGAACCCUACCUGAGACGACGCAGCAGCGCCCGAACUCGACCGGAAGCGACGUCGUCGAGGACAUUCUCAACUUGCUCUACUUAGGCUCGCUCUUUGAGGUGAAGUCGCAGAACGACUUCACAUCGACGAUGCUUACCAGGACGCUCGAGCGUGGUUGCUGCUUGACUUAUGACUAUGUCACCGACGACGCCACCGAUCUGCUCGGGGAGAAGGACCUGGACUCGAUUUCCGACCUGCGGGGUUUGUUGAUCUCGCGCCCCGCCGAUUCGAGCUUCUCCCACAAGAACGCGCUGCAACGGUGCAUUGAGCACGCGAAGCUCUGGCUGUCUAAGGCUGAACAGCCCAUUGAGCCCAAUGCUGGUGUUACAUAUGCUGGUUUGAGGGACAAGUUGAAUAAGAUUAUGUCGUCGGAGUACUUCACCACCACACCUGAGAUGAAAGCUCCGGGUGAAGUUGCUGCUGCCGCUGCUGGAAGUUAUGGAUCUUUCCAGGUGCCGGUGCAUGACUCUCCGGUUCACGUGGAAGUCGAGGGUUCUGAUUCUCAGCCUCAGGAGAAGGAUCAGGGAACCAUUAAUUUCCAAGGACAUGGAUCUACAGAUGAUCAGUCUGAUCCUGAACGGGAGCUUCAGAAGGAAGAUGUAGAAGCAGAAAAUGCAGUUGAGGUGGAGUAUGUUGAACAUGAACAGACCAAUCCCCAGGUGGCUGGAGAGCUCAAUCAACCAGAUGUAGAUGCAAAGGAUCAACAUUACCCGAGGAGGGGUUAUCAGAACCAACGCGGUGGUCGUGGUGGAGGUGGUCGAAGGGGUUACUCAAAUGGACGGGGUCGUGGUGGAAGCAGAGGAGGCUACUACCAAAAUGGCCGCAAUCAAUACGCUGACCAGCCCGGGAAUUACUAUCCUAGGAACAAUUAUAACAAUAGAGGAAGAGGUGGCAGAGGCUCAUAUGGCAACAAUGGUUCAGGUGGUUUUGUUAAUAAUGUUGCAGGUGAUGUGGGGGUGCAAUCGUAACUAUGUGGUGUUCAUAGUGUUUGUUACUGUCUCUGGUUGGUGUUGAACUUUUUAUUCGCCUAGCAUGAAACAUGUUUUGAAUGAUUUUGUUUGACACUUCCAACAUCCCGUUCCACCAUUUUGUAGUCCAGUAGCUAGUAUGGACCUUUAUCUGAAAUCUUACAGGAAGAAACUUAUUUGCUGACUUAUGAUGAUCUGCAAUGUUGCUCUUA